AUGGCCGCCGGGACGACGACGACGACGACGAUGGAAAAUGAUGACAAAAUCGAAACGUCAUCAUCAUCAUCAUCAUCAUCAUCAUCGUCUCCCCAAAAACAACAAGAACAAAGCACGAUUAACGUCUUCGUCGAUGCCGCCGUUCGCUCGGGGCGAGGAAGAAGCGAAGAAGAUGAAAAGAAAGUCACUUUGGAAGAGAUUUUAGGCAUAUCCAGUGGUGGACCUCCGCGGUUUUUCAGUCCACUCGUGGAGGAGGAGGAGGAGGAAGACGUCGUCGUGGAAAAGAAACGAGAAAAAAGAGAGAAGAAACCAUUGAUGAUUUACUUACCCGGAUUAGACGGCACGGGAUUCAGCGCAUCUUCGCAAUUCGCCACGUUAUCGAAAGAGUUUGAUUUGGUGUGCCUGAACAUCCCGUCGAACGAUCGUUCGGACGUGUUUGAAAUCGUGGACAUCGUGCGAGCGUUUAUCGAACGAGCGAAGGAAGAACAUCCGGAAAGGGAGGUGCAGUUGAUCGGGGAGAGCAUGGGAGGCGCGAUGUCUUUGUUCGUGUGCUUGAAACACCCAGAGUUGGUGACGAGAGCGACGGUGGUGAAUCCGGCGUCGUCGUUUGAUAGGAGCGUGUGGCCGUCCGUCGGGCCUUUGUUGCCUCAGAUUCCGGAAAAUUUGUACGCCGGGUUGCCGUUUGCGCUUUCGCCGGUACUCAUAGAUCCCAUUCGAUUAGCGACAGAAGCCGUGGAACUUGGAAAUUUGAGCGAAACUUUAGAAAAGAUGACGGCGAUGUUACCGGCGUUGGGAUCAUUGGCGACCAUUAUUCCCAGAGAUACGUUGAAACACCGUUUACAAAUUCUAACGGACGCGUGCGUGUACAUCAACGACAAUGACGGCGAAAAGUUGAAGAACGCGAGAGUGCCAGUAUUAGUCGUGGCGAGUACGAACGAUUUGCUCAUUCCUUCGAACGAAGAAGCGCCUCGAUUGCAAAAACUCAUGGGCACAAAAAAAUGCAAGAUAGAAAUCUUAGAAGGCGCGUCGCACGCGGCGUUGCAAGAGAAAGGCAUGGAUAUCGUUCAUUUGAUGAAACGCCACGAUUGGAUCUCGAGGCCGGUGGAGGACGAGAAUCGAUUAUCCAGAGACCCCACGUUCACGCCUCCGAGCGAGUCGCAAAUUGAAAAGGCGCGAGACGGGUUACAGUUUUUGCGAUCAGUGCACUCGCCGGUGUUCUUUUCGACCAGAGAACGCGACGGACAAGUCAUCAACGGCUUGGACGCCGUGCCGACGUGGAGAGGCACCGGGAACCGUCCAGUUUUAUUGGUCGGUAACCACCAAACGUUCGCGCCUGAUUUAGGUUUUCUCGUGGAUGAGUUUUUGAAACAAAAGAACGUGUGCGUCCGAGGACUUGCUCAUCCGGUCGUCUCGAGAGAUAAUGGGAACGGCACGGGUGCCAUGCAAACCGAAGAUGACGACGAAGAGGAAAACCCGUUGGAGAAGCAACUCCGAGAGGCGACGAAAAAUACGCCGUUUGCGCAAUUCAUGCCCGAAUCGAAAGAAGAAAAGCGACGUCAACGUCGAGCCGGUGUCCCGAACGGAGGUCCGUUUGGUGGCGGUAACUUUUCUGAUUUCGGCGCCGUGCCCGUUUCCGGGAAGAACUUUUACAAGCUUUUGAAGGCGAACGAAACCGUUUUACUCUUCCCUGGCGGCGUUCGAGAAGCGUUCAAACGUAAAAAUGAAAAGUACCAGUUAUUUUGGCCGUCGAAACCGGAGUUUGUGAAAAUGGCGAUUCGAUUCAACGCUAUUAUUGUUCCGUUUGCGGCAGUUGGUGCGGAGGACUCGUUCGAUAUCGUCAUGGACGCUGAAGAUAUGUUGUCUAACCCAAUUCUCGGGGACCGCGUGAAAGCGCAAAUGGAAAAAGUGCCGAAAGCGAGGCAGUUUGAUUCUCGAGAAACCGAAGAUAACAUGAAACCAGAAUCGUUCGUGCAACCAGUACUCGUACCGACUACACCGCAAAGGUUUUACUUUCGUUUCAUGAAACCGAUCGAUACAAAUGGGAUGGACCGAAACGACGAAGAAGCAGUGAAAAGGAUUUACGCCGAGACAAAGAUGAGCGUAGAAGACGGCAUCGAGUAUCUCAAAGAACGACGCGAGAGCGACCCGUUCAAAGACGUCGCGCCGAGAGUCUUAUACGAAUCAGCCGCGAAAAAACAAGCGCCUACAUUUGUGCCGUAUUAG